CACACACACACACACACACACACCUGCAUGAGGUUGCCUUCCACUUGAUAAGCGCAGAGGAGCCGAGGAAAUAGGAACUCUGAGUUACCGUUGUGUGUGGACUGAGCCAUGGGUUGUGUGUGGUUGCUGCUGGUGAGUGUGUGUGCGGUGAGUGUGUGUGCGGUCAGUGGUCUCGAUAAGCUGAACAUGUGCAUGGAUGCCAAACACCACAAGACAGAGCCGGCACCUGAGGGGGCUCUUUACGAACAGUGCUUCCCGUGGCGCUCUAACGCCUGCUGCACGGCCAACACCACGGAGGAGGCGCACGCUGAUAACUCCAACCUGUACAACUUCAACUGGAACCACUGCGGCAUCAUGGCCGACCGCUGCAAGCGCCACUUCAUCCAGGACACCUGCUUCUACGAGUGCUCCCCGCACCUGGGGCCCUGGAUACAGAAGGUGGACCAGUCGUGGCGUAAGGAGCGAAUCGUGGACGUGCCCCUGUGUCAGGAGGACUGUGAGUCCUGGUACUCAGACUGCAGAGACAGCAUCACCUGCAAACAGGACUGGCAUACAGGAUGGAACUGGACUGGAGGUAUUAAUAAAUGUCCAGACGGUGCAAAGUGCAGGACAUUUGCUGAAGUGUUUGGCUCAGCGAAGACCAUGUGCGAGGUCAUUUGGUCUAAGUCUUACAGGUACACCACUCUGGAGAAGAGCAGUGGUCGGUGCAUGCAGUUGUGGUUCGAGGGGCCCACCAACCCAAACCUGGAGGUGGCCCGCUACUACCUCAACCACGCCCCCUCUCAGGCCAUCGGCAUGGCAACAACCCUCCUCCUCCCACUCCUCCUCAGCCUACUGCAUGCUGGGAUACCAUUCUGAGAAGACAGAGAGAGAGGUGUUGAAAGAUGAAAGAAAGAAUAAAAGAUGAAUCAAGA